AUGACUGUCUACCUCAUAUCGAAGCUCGGGGACCCCCUCUUCGCCCUUGCAAUAGGUGUGGCUGCAUCGAUGACUCGUAUCCGCCGUGACAUAGGCGAGAAGACACCAGCGAAGGCCUCAGAAAUCGGAUACGGAACUGUUGCGGAGGUUGGCCAGCGACGGCUACAACGGUGGUGGAAUGGCGAUUUCGAACAUCUUUGA